GCGGAGGGCAGGGGCGCGGCCAAACAGUCCCUCGGCCCGCCUUCUCGCCUCCUCCCGUCCGCACGCCGCAGCAGCCUCUCAGAACCGAGGGGUUCGGGAGGGCGGGGCGGUGGAUCGCAGUGAGACCUGCGGGCCCGGCGUGGGGGAGCCAUGGCCGAGGAGAGCAACGAGGUGCCCCGCGAGCUGACAGAAAGCAUAAAGGAUGUUAUUGGCAGAAAGAUCAGAAUUGGAGUGAAGAAGAAAGUCAAGUUGGAAGUUAAGGGGGACAAAGUUGAAAACAAGGUGCUGGUGCUCACGUCAUGCCGUGCCUUCCUCCUCACAGCGCGGGUCCCCACCAAGCUCGAGCUGAGCUUCAGCUACUUGGACAUUCACGGCAUCACCUGCAGCAGGCCCGCCCAGAUGGUUGUGGAAACCGAGAAGUACAGCCUGUCCCUGCGGAUGGCGUCGCCCGAGGACGUGAGUGAGGUGCUGGCGCACGUGGGCUCCUGCCUGCGGAGGACGUUUCCCGGCCUGUCGCCUGUGAGGAUCCUGAAGAGAGUGUCCAUGGAGCCGGCGGAGCGCCUGGCCAGCCUGCAGGCCCGGUGGGACAGCCAGCCCGCGCCCGAGCAGGGCCCCUGCGGCGGGUUUUCUCAGAUGUACGCCUGCGUUUGCGACUGGCUGGGGCUCCCGUACAGGGAGGAAGUGCAGUGGGACGUGGAUACAAUCUACCUGACACAGGACACGCGGGAGCUGAACUUGCAGGACUUCAGCCACCUGGACCACAGGGACCUAAUCCCCAUCAUCGCGGCCCUGGAGUACAACCAGUGGUUCACGAAGCUGUCUGCCAAGGACCUGAAGCUGUCCGCGGACGUCUGCGAACACAUCUUGCGGGUGGUGAGCAGGUCCAGUCGACUGGAAGAGCUGGUGUUGGAAAACGCUGGACUUAGAGCAGACUUUGCACAGAAGCUGGCCAGCGCGCUGGCGCACAACCCCAGCUCAGGACUGCACACCAUCAACCUUGCUGGCAACGCACUGGAGGACCGAGGUGUGUCCUCUUUAAGUGUUCAAUUUGCCAAACUCCCGAAGGGACUAAAGCAUUUAAAUUUAUCUAAAACCUCAUUGUCGCCUAAAGGGGUGAACAGCCUUUCCCAGUCACUCAGUGCCAACCCGCUGACCGCCACCUCCCUCACCCACCUCGACCUCUCAGGGAACACCCUCCGCGGAGAUGACCUCUCGCACAUGUACAGCUUUUUGGCCCAGCCCAACGCCCUUGCUCACCUGGAUUUAUCCAACACCGAGUGCUCCCUGGACAUGGUGUGCGGCGCGCUGCUCCGCGGGUGCCUCCAGUACCUGGCCGUGCUCCGCCUCUCGCGGGCCGUCUUCUCGCACCGGAAAGGGAAGGAAGUGCCGCCGUCGUUCAAGCAGUUUUUCAGCAGCUCCCUGGCCCUGGUGCACAUCAGCCUCUCGGGCACGAAGCUGCCCCCCGAGCCCCUGAAGGCGCUGCUGCUCAGCCUGGCCAGCAACCACAACCUGAAGGCGGUGUCCCUGGACCUCAGCGGCUGCGAGCUGAGGUCGGGCGGCGCGCAGGUGCUGGAAGGCUGCAUCGCGGAAAUCCACAACAUCACCAGCCUGGACAUCUCGGACAACGGCUUGGAGUCUGACCUCUCUACCUUGAUCGUGUGGCUCAGUAAAAACCGGUCCAUACAACACCUGGCGUUAGGCAAAAAUUUUAAUAACAUGAAAUCCAAAAAUCUGACCCCCGUGUUGGACAACUUAGUGCAGAUGAUUCAAGAUGAAGAAUCGCCUCUGCAGUCCCUGUCCCUGGCCGACUCCAAGCUCAAGACCGAGGUCACCAUCCUCAUCAAUGCGCUGGGCAGCAACGCCUCACUGACGGCGGUGGACAUCAGCGGCAACGCCAUGGGCGACCUGGGCGCCCGGAUGCUGGCCAAGGCGCUGCAGAUCAACACGAAGCUCAGGACCGUGAUCUGGGACAAGAACAACAUCACCGCCCAAGGCUUUCAAGACAUAGCUGUUGCUAUGGAAAAGAACUACACCCUGAGGUUCAUGCCCGUCCCGAUGCACGACGCCGCUCAGGCCCUCAAGGCGAGCCCUGAGAAGACAGAGGAGGCGCUGCAGAAGAUCGAAAACUACCUGCUGCGGAACCACGAGACCAGGAAGUACCUGCAGGAGCAGGCCUACCGCCUGCAGCAGGGCAUCGUGAGCAGCACCACGCAGCAGAUGAUCGAUCGGAUAUGCGUGAAGGUCCAGGACCACCUCAACUCCCUGCGCAACUGCAGCGGGGACACCCUCCGGGAGGACGUGCGGGCUGCGGAGCAGCUCCUGCGGGACGCCAAGAACUCCAAGACGCUGUUACCAAACCUGUACCACGUGGGCAGCGCGUCGUGGGCGGGAGCCGGCGGCCUGCUGUCCAGCCCCAUCCAGGAGACGCUGGAGUCCAUGGCCGGAGAGGUGACGAGAGUGGUCGACGAGCAGCUCAAGGCGCUGCUGGAGGCCAUGGUGGACGCCGCGGAGAGCCUGUGCCCCCACGUGCUGAGGGAGGCCCGCCUGCGGCAGGACCUGCUCCAGGCCAGCGCCGAGAAGGUCUCCGUGCCCCGGACCUUCGCCAGGAACGUCCUCCUGGAGCAGUCCGGCGUGGACAUCCUCAACAAAAUCAGCGAGGUGAAGCUGACAGUGGCCUCCUUCCUGUCCGACCGAAUCGUGGACGAAAUCCUGGACGCCCUUUCGCACUGCCACCAGAAGCUGACGGAGCACUUCAGCCGGCGGAGCAGGGCCACCGUCGCGCCCGAGGCCCCGGACGCGGAGCUGGCUGACGGGAAGCCCGCGAAGCGCCCCCUGCCGGCGGCGGAGGAGCUCACGGAGGUGGAGCGGCUGGAGGACCUGGACACCUGCAUGAUGACCCCCAAGUCCAAGAGGAAGACGAUCCACAGCCGGAUGCUGCGGCCGGUGUCCAGGGCCUUCGAAAUGGAGUUCGACCUGGACAAGGCGCUGGAAGAGGUGCCGAUUCACAUCGAGGACCCGCCUUUCCUGUCCAGCCGACCCGACAGGCGGGGCUCCGGCUUCAUCGCGGAGCUGCCGUCCGAGGAGGGGAGGAAGCUGGAGCACUUCACCAAGCUGAGGCCCAGGCGCCACAAGAAGCAGCAGCCCACCCAGGCGGCGGUCUGCACUGCGACCGCCGCGCCCCCGGACGGCGAGCAGAACGGCCUCAUGGGGCGAGUGGACGAAGGGGUGGAUGAAUUCUUCACCAAGAAGGUGACCAAAAUGCGAGCGUCGGCGCGAGGCCCCGAGCCCCACGAGCCCGGCGACGGGGGCGAUGAGCGGAAGAAGCGGGAGUCUCGGAGGAGCGGCUUCCUCAGCCUGAUCAAAGCCCGGUCCAAAUCCGAGCGGCCCCCGACGGUCUUGAUGGCGGAUGAGCCGUCCUCGCCGAAGGGGGUGGCCCGGAGCCCAGCCGCGGACCCGCCCAGGAGGGAUCCGAAGCCGGCGGAGCCCAACGGCAGCUCGGAGCGGACGGAGGAGGCGAAGACGCCCGAGAGCCUUGACGAGAGCCCGGGGGACGAGGCGGGGCGGCCGGAGCCCGGUGACGGCAAGGCCAGCCCGCAGGGCAGCCGGCGGUACGGCGUGCAAGUGAUGGGCAGUGGGCUGCUGGCCGAGAUGAAGGCCAAGCAGGAGCGCCGCGCAGCCUGUGCGCACAAGAAGCUCGGGAACGAUACUGUCGCCCAGGAGCCGUCCAGCGUGGCCGUGAGCACCGAGCAACAGGACGGAGGCGGGGCAGCGCCGAAGCUGCAGCCUGCCCUCCCGGACACGCGCUUCAGCUUGGCGGCCCCCGAGAAGAGCGCCAGAGCGGACCCCAGAGCGGACCCCAGAGCGGACCCCAGAGCGGACACGGGCUUCCGGGCCCGGAGCGCCUCCAACCCCAAGCCUGCGCUGCAGUCGCCCAAGCCCGGCCUGGCGGCCCGGCCGGCCAUCCCGCAGAAGCCGAGGACCCCCUCGCGGCCCGACGAUGCCCCGGACUCUCCGCCCAGCCUUGGGUCCCCCAAAGUCGCGCUGCUUCCUCCCGUGCUGAAGAAAGCCCCCUCGGACAGGGAGAGGGAAGGCCAGGGGAGCCCGCAGCCCGGCCCGAGGACGCUCUCCCAGGAAGCGGUGCAAAGAGGAGAUUAUUUCAAAAGACACCCCGAGCACAGCGCAGACAGGCCGCCCAGCAGAGGAAAGCGGUCUUCGAAGCUGCCCUUCACCCUCACGGAAGAGGAGCUGGAUGCAGCGGGGCCCAGGAAGCCGCAGCCAGCACCUGCGUCGAGGCGGAGCUGGGGCCCGCAGCCCCUGGAACAGCAGGAGCAGAAGCCCCGGUCGCCUGGCAAGGACGGCCUUCCGGGCGGCAGGUCCAGCGACUCCGGGGAGGAGGCCGAGAAGGAGUUCAUCUUUGUGUGAGGGCCGCGCCGCCCAGGCCUCACGCACUGCGUCCCUCCUCCCAGGCCUGCUUGUCUCGGUGCCUUUUUCUUUGCCUUUUCCUUCUUGUCUCCUUCUUAUUUUUCUUCCUUUUCCUCAUCUUCUUUUCCUUCUCCUCCUCCUCUGCCUCCUCCUUUUUAAACAAAACAGAUCCAUUUAUUGGUAAUCAAAUCACAUUUGUUUGGGCAUCUCCAGCCCCGGGCAUUUAAUUUCUAAGCGUUCCUUCGUCUGCCUUCAACGAAUGUCCGCAAGCGCCGCUCGAGUUUCCCCGGGGCGGCGGCCGGCCGCCCGCAGGGUGCGUGCCUGGAGGCACACAGCUGACUGGACGUGCGCUCGCCCGAGGACGCCCUCCAGGCGGCAGACAGCGGGUCCUGUCGCGUGCACCUGGGUCAGACCUGCACUUGCCUCGGUAGAGCAGUUUACUCUCGACGUAUGCAAUUGCACAUUGUAAUUAGAUUAACAGAGCACACUAAUGAAUCACUUGUAAAAAUUAUAUAUUUGAGUCUUGAGUGCGGUUUCCGCCUUCUCCCGCUGGGAACGCCUCCCCCCGGCGUGGACAGCGCCCCCUCUGGCGCCCGGGGGGGACGGGGCCACAGCCGCGUCUGCCCUGAGCCCGGGCUGAUGUACAUAGUUGGCUGUAAUGAGGGUUUACGGAUCUUUGUGUUUUUUGAUUUCUUUAACCUCUGUCUGCAUAUUAGCUUUUAAUGUGUGAUUUUAAGAGAGAAUACUUUGACACCUGUAAAAAAUCAAAAUACUACUCUUUUUAAGACAUUUCACAAAUAUUCACUUACAUGACAAGC